CUCUCCGGCCGAGCGGCGGCGCUUCCGGUGCGCGGCGGCCGAACCGCGGGCCGCCGCCUUCCGCGACGUGGGUCCCCCCGCCGCGCCGCGGCCUGGUGCUCCGUCAGGCCGGGAGGCUUGCUGCGCGGCGGCGGCCGCGUCAGGCCGAGAGGUCGGGGCCCGGGCCGGGCGGCAGGCGGUGCCGCGGCCGCGCCGCCAUGAGCCUGGUGCUGCGCAACCUGCAGCGCGCGGUGCCCCUGCGGAGGGCGCGGCUGCGCGAGCGGCUGCAGGCGGCGCGGGCGGCGCUGGGCGUGCAGCGCCUGGGCCUGGGCGUCGUCUGCGCGGACAGCGGGCGGAUGCGGCGGCUGAACAGGGUCUACCGGCGCGAGGACGCCCCCACGGACGUGCUCUCCUUCCCGUUUCACGAGAAUCUGAAAGCUGGCGAAAUUCCCCAGCCUGAUUUUCGAGAUGACUGUAAUUUGGGAGACAUUUUCCUGGGAGUGGAGUAUAUCUUCCAGCAGUGCAAAGAAAAUGAAGAUUUCUAUGACGUCCUGACUGUGACUGCCGUCCAUGGGCUGUGUCACCUUCUGGGCUUCACACACAGCACGGAGGCUGAGUGGCAGAAGAUGUACCAGAAGGAGAAGGAGGUUCUCGAGGAGCUGAACAGGCACACGGGGACCAGGCUCCAGCCGCUGACCAGGGGCCUCUUCUGACAGAAGUGCCCCAGUGCGAUGGAAGGUGGACCCCCUCGGGCCGCAAGGAUCACGGGCUCCCCCACGCUGAGGUCCCUGCUGACCACUGCUGUCCUGUGGGGCUCUGGGAGGGCCAGCCCUGGCAGGUGCUGGAUUCCAUCCAUGGACCCUUCCUUUUAAAGUACAAGAGAAAUGUCCACUCGUUUCUUUGUUUGGGGCACAGUGGGUGUGUUAUUUUCAGGGUUGUAAAUAAAAUAGCUCUGAGUUCUCAGAAAGCAGAGGUGGGGCGUAGGCCGCCUCCUCCCUGGGGCUCUGCCUCCAGCGAAGAAGCACCUCUGCCUGGUCUGUGUCCACUGGGCACACGUCAGGCAGCCCAGGCGGGCCUGCUCCGCUGCCCGCUGCAAUCCCCCUGGAUUCGGUCCCGUCCAGCCCUCAGGAGCACUGGGGCCUGCAGCCUUUGCUUGGCGCUUCUGAAAGGGGAGGGACAAGGCUGACCCUCGAGGUGGCCACACGGCCAGGCCGACCCCACCCCCAGGGGACCCUCAGCACUCUCCGGCCAUUGCCCACCCAUGCCCGUCGGUCCCGGCCGCUGUUUGCUUGUAGACCGUGCCCGAGCCCUCUGCCAUGGCCCCAGCCUGGGGGGCUCUGACUGCCGGGUCCCGUCCCUCUGUAGGAAAGCCUCCCUGUCAGUACGUCCUGCUUUCUGAAUAUGAAAAUAAACCCAGGAGUUACCCCAGAGCUUUAUGCAGAGCUGUGCACGCGCUUGGGGCAUUGUGGGUGCGAGCAGAUGUGGAGGGGACGGGCUCCGAGCCAACCCAGGGCCUCCGUCGCCUGAAUGUCGGGUGCAAGCACUGACCAUGGUGCCACAGACCCUCCAAGGAGCUCCAAAAGGGUCAUGGCAAUAAAACCAGCUUCUCGGAGACCCAGAACACCGCGAUUCUAGCAAUUUGGAUUCUCUCAUACAUCGACUUUAGAAAUAUGAAAACGUGUUUCCCACUGGGUUUGCACCCUGAGCCUGAACUCCCUGGCUUUGGGGGACACGGGGCCUAUUGUGCUCCUGAGCCACUGGCUGCACGGCUGCGUGCAGUUCUGUUCUCAGUUUAAACUCAUCUCAGUUUAAAGUCUAACAUGGCAAAGACCAAAGAUAGCCCCGCAAAGCUCUUUGCUCUC